UACAUAUUGAUCUCUAGCUCGACAGAAAAAAAAAAAAAAACCUUUCCCCCUUCUGUUUCUCUUCAUGUCUUCCUCUUCCAAUUCCAAGAUAACCCAUUUUAUUAAAGAGUCAGAGCACCUUUGUAUACCUUUUCAAGAUAUACAAGAUGCCACCAAAAGUUUCACAACAGUCAUUGGGAAGGGCGGUUAUGGCUUGGUUUACAAAGGGGAACUCUUACUUUCUAAUAAACUUACCUCAGUUGCGAUAAAGCGACUAGAUAGUAACAUUUCCGGUCAAGGGUUGAAGGAGUUUUUAAGGGAGAUUGAGUUGCUAUCUCGUUUUAAACAUCCAAACUUAGUCUCCCUGCUUGGUUUCUGCGAAGAAAACGGUGAAAAGAUGCUAGUUUAUGAAUAUGCAGAGCGCGGAAGCCUCGAUAAAUACCUAACCAAGGGUGAAUCAACCGUUCAACUAACUUGGUUGCAAAGGAUCAAUAUAUGCAUUGAUGCAGCCCGCGGUUUGGACUAUUUGCAUAACCAUGUUGCGCAAGACCGUAGAGUCAUCCACAGGGACAUAAAGAGUGCAAAUAUUCUUUUAAGUCAUGAUUGGAAAGCUAUGAUUGCGGAUUUUGGUCUUUCCUUGAUAAGUCGCGCACAUGAAAAUGUCAGUUUUAUUAUUACUAAUGUUUCUGGCACGCAUGGUUAUUGUGAUCCGGAAUAUCUGCAUACUGGGAUACUAACUAAAGAGUCAGAUGUUUAUUCAUUUGGAGUCGUAAUGUUUGAAGUCUUAUGUGGGACGUUGAGCUUCGUAAAUGUGAAUAGCGAACAAGGAUUUCUAGCCCACCUAGCCAAACGCUAUUACAAAGAAGGAAGGCUGCACGAGAUUAUUGAUCCAUGUCUGAAGAUUGAAGUGGAUCCAGAUUCCUUGAAUACAUUUUCAACGAUUGCAAUUGAGUGCUUGCACAAUAAUCGGGAACAACGACCCUCCAUGGGUUUGGUGUUACAGAAACUUGAAGAAAUGAUUGGAAUUAAUAAUACUCAGGUUGCAAGUACGUAUUUGUGGCCUAAAACACUUGCGGAACCUGUACUCGACCCUGCAAAAGCCGCCAUGAAAAGGCCCGUUGGAAUUCUACAUGUGAAGGUUGUGAGGGCAAUGAAACUUGAAGAGAAGAAUAUUUUUGGUGCUUCUGAUCCAUAUGUACAACUGAAACUUACUAAGAAUGUACUUCCAUCUAAGAAAACUACUGUCAAAUUCAAAAACUUGAAUCCCGAGUGGAAUGAAGAAUUUAAUUUUGUUGUCAAGGAUCCUGGAUCGCAAGCUCUUAUGAUUGUUGUUUAUAACUGGGAACAGGUGGGCAAACAUGAGAAGAUGGGAAUGAAUGUUGUUCCACUAAAAGAGGUUACACCAGAUGAAGAAAAAGUUAUGACUCUUGAGCUCCUAAAAAACAUGGACCCAUAUGACGCCCAAAACGAGAAGUCUCGUGGCCAAAUCAUAAUUGAAUUGUCGUACAAGCCAUUCACAAUUGAUGAAGUACCGACUGAUGAUGAAGACGAAAAUGCGAUCGAAAUGGCACCUGACGGAACCCCUGUAGGUGGAGGUUUGCUAGUUGUUAAAAUCCUUCACGCCAAUGAUCUUGAAGGGAAACACCAUACGAAUCCAUAUGUCUGUGUGCUUUUCAGAGGGGAAGAGAGGAAAACAAAGCUUGUGAAGAAAAAUCGUGAUCCUAUAUGGGGAGAAGAAUUUGCAUUUAUCUUGGAAGAACCACCUACGAACGAUAGGAUACACUUUGAAGUCGUUAGCACAUCUUCAAGGAUGGGUCUAAUACAUCCCAAGGAAACACUGGGUUAUGUGGACAUACAACUCGCGGAUGUAGUGAGCAACAAGAGAAUCAACGGGAAGUACAACUUAACAGACUCGAGGAAUGGUACACUUCAGGUGGAGUUGCAGUGGAGAACAUCGUCUUAGAUUGUGGCUUGUCUUUUUUUAAGAACGUGGUCGAGAAAUCUAAACACAUGAUCUUCAAUAACUUAAUUAUCUUAAUGAUAAACUCGAAUACAACGAGGUUAAAUGUUUGAUAUCAUGAAUGUUGGAUUCAGCCUC